CCAAGCUCGCUGCCUUCUUGCCACUGCAACAACAUGUUCACCCGCACCGCUCUCCGUACCAUUGCCCCCCGUGGCGCUCGCUUCGUCUCGACGGCCGUCGGCCGCCAGACUCCUGCGGCCACCGCUGUCGCUGCCUCUUCCUCGUCGGCCGCUCCCAUCAGCACUACGGCCGGCGUGAGCCCUGCCAACCCCGGCCCGGUGUCUUCGCACAUUACGAACCAUGACGGCCGUCUCAAGUCUGCCAACCGACACUUUCAUGCCAAUGCGUCCGAGUCAUCGGCGGGCCUCAACGAGCCAAUGGGGGAGCCAAAGGUCCUGGAUAGGAACCUCCUCCGUAUGCGAAACGCAAAGGACCUCGCCGGGCUCCACUAGAGCCUUUUCCGCCCUCGCUGUACUUGUAUCAUAGUCGCCUUCCCAUCGUCUCUCUUUCCUUCUUCAGACCCUUUCUUCUCCAAUACAGCCACACAAGCGGUUGAAGAAAUAAAGACAGAGCUAAACAAGAUGUAAAGAAUUCAAGAUUGUUAUCUCUUUUCAUCAAGGACCCCAGUCCCAGAGCCAUUCAUC